AUGCCAGGGGACGCGACAAAUAAGGCUCCAGUUGACAAUCUGCAGGAAGUGGAUUUGAAUGACGAAGACGAAGACUCGUCUGAUUCGGAAAACGGCGAAGCCGAGGCAUGGAAUGAUGAAGAAGAAUCUGGUCAAGCGCCCCUGGCUCCCGCUCCUUCGCCCAUUCCACUCAAUAAUAAUAAUGGGCCAAGCAGCAAACCAAACAAUACUGUCAAUGGCGGCUCCCAAAACAAUCGAGUGGCUCCAACUGUAACGCCCUCUGCAACCUUGGUAAAGGAGCUUCCACCAGCGCCAUCGACGACAGCAGCGCCCCCUCCCGCUGCAGUAUUGCAACAAAAAUCUUCCAGAUCAGCUGUAAAAGGAAAGCCCAGGGACGCAACGCCGCGAAAGCGACAACCCCGACACGAAGAGGAGGAUGCUCCACCCAAGCCCAAACCAAUCGUCCCGGUAAAGCUGGAGUUGGUCAAAGAACAGUUGUUGGGAUUGUGUUGUGAUAAUGUUGUGGAGGAAACUGACGAGGGAGGAAAAAAUGGAAAAAAUACAGCACCGCCGACAACCAGAUAUCCCUUUUUGGAACGAUUAGCAAAUGGUGGCAAUGAUGCUUUCUUGCAGCAUAUGCUCAUGUUGGCUUAUUACCGUGCAACAGACGAUUAUCCAACCGGCGCAGAACUUCGACCAACUGUGGCCAUUAUUGACGAUGACGGCAACGUCGAAAAAGGAAGUGGUGUAACAUUGGGAAACACCAGUGCGGGGGGCACAGAGGAAGAGGACCCCGAUGUAGUGUUGGCCGAGGAAGCUGCCAAUUCCUUGUUGUCUCUGUGGAGAACCAUUGAAGGCGCUUACACGAGUAUGGUUGCCAUGUUGCCCAAAGUACCACAUGCUUCGCUUCUUCCGCCUCAACACAACAAACAACGAUCAUCCUUGGAAGACAAAGUUUUAGAGGUUCCAUCUGAAGCGCCUGAUGACCCCAGUCUCAAGGACGAAAAUGCUCUGCUAGAAGCGAGUGGAAUGGCUUCCCCUGAGGCCGUAGUACCGGGCGAAUCAAACGAACAGGAUUUCUUUGACGAACCAGAAAGACCUGUUGUGGUUCCCGACCUUCUUCCUCCUUGCACAUCUGCAAGGGGAGAUGUGACAAUUGAAUUCUUUCGUGCUUGUCAAGGUAGGAUUGAAUAUCAAGAGAACGACCAUGCUGGAUCCAAGGGUGAAAGCGAGGGCCCUCCGAAACCAGGGACUCCCGAACGGGCGGUGGCCGCCAGUACGAGGACGCCUCUCUCUCCCUCCAAGCUGGGCAGUAGUGCUAGCUCCGUCUUUUCUUCCAUGCUGUCGACAGUCAGAAGGAACUCUCAUAGUUCAACCGGCUCAAGUUUCAUGAGCGGCAUUGGUAGCCCAGGGAGCAUCAUGAACGUGAAAAUGCCUGGUGCUAGUGGAUUCAAUGUCUUUCGGAAAAACUCAAAGAAUGCCAAAUUGCCUGCAUCCGAAAACGCGGGAACUCGUACAGGAAACGCCACUACGAAUCAAAAUCCUGGAGAAUACACCGUCCAAAUUGAGCGGGAGAUGUUGGGUCUCACAGUGGAGAAUGUCUUGGAAAGGACUGUCGUUAGGACUGUCUUGGCUGGAGGCCCCGCGAAAAAAGCAGGAGCAAAAGUUGGAUCUCUCAUUGUAAAAGUUGGAAGUGUGGAGACAAAAAACCUCACGCACUUUGAGACAAUCGAUGAGCUGCGCCAAAGCCAGCGACCGCUGCAACUGGUGCUACGACUGAUCAGUGACGACGCACUACGUUCGGCAAGAGAAGAAAUGGGCCGACUGAUCCGCGGGUCCGGUUUUGGAAUCAUCAGCAAUGGUGCCAGCGAUCUCAACCAGCCCCCGGCUGCUCACGAAAACACAAGAGGCGGCAAGGAGGGUCGCCAUGCUGGCGUUGGGCGACAUCGACACCAUAAAGAAGAUGCACAAGGAAGACCUUUGAUUGCAUCGGAUCUAAGGAUAGACGCGUACACCAGUCUGAUCCGAGAAAGAUUUCUGGCAGUGGCGGAGCACAAGAAUAAGAACGAAGAGACGGUGGAGAGAGCCGCGGAGAAAUUAAUUUGGAUUCUGAAUUUGUUUGUACUGGGUCUGGAGCGCGAAUCUGCGAGAUUGUUUGCUCUGGCGGGGACACAGGAGAAUCCACAGGAUGAUGGUAGUAGCGCGGAUCUGUCAGCGUCGCCAAAACGGACGAGUGCUCCCAGUGUGAGUAUAUAUCACCACACGGCAAAGGACUUUGCGGAUGCGGCUCGAAGUGUUUCAAAAAUCCUUCUCGAUUUCGUCAAGAAGAAUCUUGAUCCUGCGAUGCAAGCAAAAAAAGAAUCCCCAGAGUAUGGGAUUGGACCUGGUGGUGCCCGGGUUCGGAAGAAGGGAGUGCCAACGCCAGAGACUCAAAACAGAAGGCAGCCAAUGGUCCCAGGAAUGCAGUCUGGUCCACGGGCUGACUCCACCAUUUUACACGACAAGCCGCUUUUGCAAAUUGGGGAUAUACUGCAUCGGACACGAACCUUUCUCGUUGAUCCCACAAGUCCUCCGGCUGCCUUGAUUCGCGGCGAGCUCAUUGCUUUCCUAUGUGAUGUUUUGGAUAUCGACAAGGAGAUGGAAUUGUCAGAGGAAGAGGCUGUUUCGGCCACUGCCGGCGAAGAGGCUGGCCCAAUUACUGAUCUGGGCAGCGCUGGAAGUUUGCUGAAGCUGAUUGUUUUGAAUUGUUCGAUCAUGAGAAGUCCCGAGUGCGAGAGUGUUUCGUCACCGGACGGCAACAGUGUCGACCUGGAACUCAUGAAAGAGCUACGGCGGCGCUUUGGAGGCAGAGCGAAGCUUGACGGAGCGGACGUGCAUCGACUACAUGCAGGGAAUCGGUUCCUAUCUGUGGUGCACCGUCUAGCUGCUAGUAGAAGCACAAGUGCCAGAAUUACGGCCUGUUCUCUAGGUCCGGUUCUGUGGGGUCAUCUCGAUUUCCCUCAUCAGCUUCAGUUACGAGGAGUGAUCACAAGAGCUUUGCACGAUGCGGAGGUUAUCGUUCGAAAGUCCACUGCUACUGUUCUACAUGAAAUCGCAGAAUUGGUCUUUGACCAGCGCGCGGUUCCAUGGCUGAUUUUGAUGUGCGAACGUGCAAUGACUGAUCCAGAACCUCAACUACGGUCUGCGGCAAUGACACUCACUUGGCACCUAGCGGAACAUCUGCCGAACGCGUUUCUGGGUGAUGCUAGCCAAGGCAGUCGAUUUCUUCGACGACUGCCAAACAGAAGUGACCCAGUUUUUGCGGACGUGUAUCUCCUGCAGUGCAAGCUUCUGCCGGUUGCAACGCGCUUGGCUGAGGAUCGAGCGCCAUCAGUUCGACUGGCCGUCGCAGCUCAGUGUGACAGGCUAUGCAACGCUUUGGGUGAUCACUGGUCGAGUGUCAUCAUCGACGUCUUGCUUGCUCUAUUGACCGAUACAGAUGAGCGAGUCCGGUGCGAAGCUGUGGUCUGCGUCCCUCGAUUGUCUGAAAUCGUUUUGAUGUCGUCCACCAAUGGGAAUGCACCAGUCUCCGACUUUAGCGUUCUUGAGGCAUUGCUGCCGGCUGCGCUGAUGUUACAAAAGGACCCAGAUUCGAGCGUGCGGGUUUCUCUGGCUACGGCAGCGGGUGAACUGCUGACGCUUUUGGUCGGACUCCAAAGUCUUGAAGAGAUGUCUGCGUCGGGAAACGAAGUAUCCGCAGAGGCUGGUGGUUCAAGCCAAUUGAAGAAACAUGUAGAUGAUGUUCUCAUUCCUCUUGUACAAAGCCUUCUCCAUGAUACGGAUCCCGAGGUGACCAGUUCGGCACUCCGAGCUGUCACAAACGCUUCCAGAGGAACGGUGCGUGAAAUGCGAUCAAGGCAGAUGUCAGUUGCAUCCGAGGACGACAUGUCGGUGUCGUCGCACGGUGUCUCUCUAUCUAGCAGGGAACGAAAAGACCCUGUCUUCUUGCCAGUUUUAUCAGAGGCACAAGUUCUUCGUCUCCUUCCCACGCUGUCAGAACUUGGUAACAGCAAGCAAUGGCGUGUGCGACAAAGUGCGGUGGAGAUUGUUCCGGCGCUGCUGGGCUGCACUCGAAACAUUGAAACUCGACGAGAGAUCUCGCAGCUAUGCGUUCGGCUAAUGGAAGAUCAUGUCGACGCAGUUCGAAAGACAGCGGCAGAGUGUCUCUGUUUAGGUGGCAGUACUCUUGGCAGCCACGGGGAGGGCGUUGGCGCGGAAUGGAUCACAUCGAUAGUGGUCCCUCAUCUGAGAAAGUGUGCCGUGCAUCCGAGUGCAAAGCAGCGUCUUCUGAGCCUGAAAAUGAUCGAGGCCAUUCUUCUCAGUGGCGCUUGUCCUGCCAAAUGGGCGGGAGAGGAAGUUGGCGGGAAGAGAUUAGCAGAUUCACCAAUGCGUGAAUUUGCAGUAAUUGCGCUAUCUUUGGCCAAUGACAAAGUACCCAACGUCCGACUGAAUGUUGGUCGAGCGCUCGAGUCCGCAAUCCACGUGUUUGAAGAAGACGCACUUUCCUUCAUCAAGGAGGUACUGCUUCAACAGCUCGUCGCAGAAAAGGAGAGGCCAGGUGGUGGCGAUCGUGAUGUUCUGUUUUUCUCUACCCGGUGCAUCCGCAAAGCCUGCGUUAUUCUCGAAGAAGUGCCAUACCCGCAGUCAGAUGACUCGACACCGACACCAAUAUGA